AUGCGUCGACUAACCGCACCGGUGCCGACCACACUCUCCCGGCCACCUUUCGCAUCGUUGCGAACUACCCUACUAUGGGCCGCGCUUUUCCUGGCGAACAUUGAUGCUCAAGCGUAUAACCCGACGAGAUUACUCCUCAAUGGCUCUCGUGUCUACGUCUUCCAGCCGUCAUCCAGCUCGUCCUCACAGUUCGGGCUCGGUACUAUCGAUAUAACCUCCCGUAUCGACUCGUCCCAUCUUACCGUCACCACCCUCUAUCCCACGUUGCCCUUCCUCGACUCGGACAAACAGCGACCGUUCAACCCCGUGCUGGACGAUGGAGGGAAUAUUACAGUGUAUACGGGCGACUGCACGUCUGGGGCAAGAGGAGGCGAGGUGUGGAGCUUUGUUCCAGAAACGUCAGAGAAAAGUGGGAAUGGAAGCUGGAGGCAGGAAGACAUCACCUUCGCCCAGAAUGACAAGCAUGUCUCUGACAUAGGGCCAAGCUACCUCAGCGCGGGCAUUUCCUUCUCGGCCAUCGUCGAUGGAGAUGCCACCAAUACACAGGCCUACUUUUUUGGUGGAAUGUGUCCAUCGCAGGAGAGAAACAACGCAGACUGGCAAGCGAACGCCAAUUACUCCAAUUACAUGGUUACCCUUGAGCCAUCGAAGAUCACCGCAAAAUCGCUAGAAUAUCGGUUGGGCGCAUCCACUAGCCGAGGACCGCCAAUUGCAGAAGCUGGCUUCACACUGACUGGCUUGUCGCCAAGUUAUUCUAAUCGCAGUGAUGGUACUCAAACACAGCAACAGAACUUCGUCCUGGUAGGAGGCCAUACCAGCGCCGCCUUUAUCAACACUUCACAAGUUGCCCUGUUCUCGCUGCCUCAGCAAGGAUGGACAUUCGUUCCUGUCGAUCAACCGGAUACAACACAAACAGAUCUUGCGAUUCGGGCAGACGUUUCAGCGGUGGACUCUCGAUCCGGACAUAGUGCUGUUCUAAGUGAUGAUGGUCAACACCUGGUCGUUUUCGGUGGCUGGAUUGGAGACAUCAACACGCCCGCGAAUCCUCAACUGGCUGUACUGAACGUUGGUGAUGGGUAUGGUGGAGAAGGCAAUUGGGAGUGGACUGUACCAUCGACGUCUGGCUCAGGCCUGUCUACUUCGACAGGCAUCUACGGUCACGGUGCCGCUAUGCUUCCAGGUGGUGUUAUGAUGAUUAUGGGCGGAUAUUCUAUAUCCGCUUCGAGUUCACGCAGGCGAAGGGCAUCCACCAAUGACAACCAACGACCGAUGUUUCUCAACAUUUCCUCGUACACAUGGACAACCGAUUACUCGCCUCCACCUGAGAUGAGGACCGAGCAGCCAGCGAAGAGCGGACCUCUUGCUACUACCGGCCAGAAAGCAGGAUUAGGUAUAGGCUUGGGAAUUGGCAUGGCCGCUGUACUCAGCUUGAUGGCCUUUUACAUCUUCUAUACGCGCAAGUUGAGGAGGCAGCGCGAGUUCCGGGAGAGUCAACUCCAUGAGCUAGCAAUGGGUGCGCACCGAUUCACUUUGUCGCCUAGCUUUGACGGUCAAGGUGGACAGGCGCGCUAUCUCCCAGGCGGGGAGGACUCACAUUACUAUGCAUCUGCUUCCUCUCAAGAUAACUCCGUUUGGGGACGAAAUAAAGCCCACGACGCGGAGCGAACAGGGCUGCUCGUUGAAAUUCCCAGCCCAACACGCGGAUUGCGCCGCGGUCUGAGUGGGAGAGCUAGCCAUGGCGGUGCCCGUUAUGAUGAUAAAAGAGUCAGGGGUUCUGGUCAUAUCCAUCCAAUCGACGAGGAAGAGGAGCAAGAGCAUGAAGCCGCCAACGAGAACACCCGGUUGACGUCUCCACCAGAGAUGAGUGAGCGGUCCACCGAUCGGGGCCACUCCAUUUUCGACCAUGCGCCUAACUUGGAUCCUUUCGUGCAACAACAUCCCCUGCGUGAAGAUGACGGCGCCUUCCAUUCUGCACCUGGUUCUCCGGUGCGAGAUGAACCCGAUGGUCACCAUAGCUGGCAAGCUGUCGCCGGCGCCCACCUUCCUCGACGUUCCAGCCCUACUAACCAUGGUCGUGUAUCUCCCUCAAAGUCCUCAGAACGUACUGGCUCGAACCUAAGUGAGCGAAGUACAUACUCCAACCUCUCUUCGUACUCGAAUACCGGAAGCUUCGGACGCAGUGCUUCUAUGCGCUCUACAGCUGUUCUCAACGCUGUUGCCCACGUCAAUCCUUUCAAAACUCCAGAUGCCAGCCCCACAACGGAUAACAUGCACCGUGGCAGUAACGCCUGGCAAGCCUCAACUGACCCUCGCACACAUUCGUUCACUAGUAUACGGAGCAAUGGACGGACAACUAAGGAAGAUGCAGACUCGUUCACGACCGCGCGAUCUUCAUUCAUGGUUCUGCAGGCGGAAGGCGAAGCUCUCUUGGGAGGAAACCCAGAGCAACGCACAAGACCCAAUACCUCGUCAACAUCAAAUGGCUCGAAUAGUCAAUCAAAUCAUACGGAGAGUGGUAUGAGUCGCGCGGGCACCGUCACCGCAGCGACGUCCGCCACAGAAGGCUUCACACGUAGAAGGAAGAGCUGGCUAGGCAGUGUACGUCGCGCACUCGCAAGAUCAACAUCCUCAGCCGAUCGAACACGAUCUCUGACUGCCGCAACAAUGCACUUCGAAUCCUACACAGACAACCCCUCCCCCGAACCCGUCGAACAACGAGCGACGAUUGAAAACAGAAGAUCUAUGCCCGCCUCCACACUCCCCCGCCGCGCCGCCUCCGACGCUUCCUUCUGGCGCAACAAACGCGGACGACAAGACUGGCUCGAAGAAGAAAUAGCACAGGACCCAAACGACCCACGCGCCAAGUGGAAGCGGCAUCCUGGUGACGAUUGGGGCGCCCCUGAGGACUUUGCUCUCGCAGAGCGCGAACGGCUCCGCCGCGAGUGGCGCGAACGAGGAAACCUCCUCGUCAAUUUGACAGACGAGGAUAGGCUCCCUACGCCUACCACGCCCAUUGAACCGGGCCAGCUCGGCGUACCAGGGCACUUUGGUGAGAGGGAGCGGGAUCGGCCGCGCACGCCGGCUGACGAGGACGAGUGGGACGUUGAGGCUGCGGUUGAGAGGAGGGUUGUGCAGGUUAUGUUUACGGUGCCAAAGAGUAAACUUCGCGUCGUCAACGCGGAUAUUGAGACUUCUUCACUGUUUUCUUUGCCGAGAGAGAACUCGAAGGAGAGUAUAAAUGAUGCGAUUGCGGGGGGGAGUGUUGGUGGUGGUCCCCGGGGUUCGGGCUCGCCGAGUCGCGUGAGGGAUCUAGCGGGGAGAUUUGAGCAAUUGAGUAGUCCGCCGAGGACGAGUCCGCGACCGUCGCCAGCGCCUUCAAUCAAGUCGGUAAAACUAAGAGGGAGGAGUAGCGUGGCGAGCUUGGGGAAGAGAAAUGGGAGUGCAGAGAGUAAGGGGAAGGGGAAGGCGCUCGACUAA